AUAUAAAUCUUGCAUCGAGGAUGGAUAUCAUAUCACGUACAAUAUCUUUCACCUGAAGGUCCAGGUGAUGGUUUGGGUCCAAGAAAACAUCCGAAACUUCGGAGGAGACCCGGACCGGGUUACCAUCUUCGGCCAGUCUGCCGGCGCUGCGAGUGUGUGUUACCACGUGGUGUCUCCUCUCAGUAAGGGUCUGUUCCAGCGGGCCAUCUCUCAGAGCGGGGUGUGUCAGACCUGUGACACCGUCCCUAAGCCUCUGGAGAGAGCUGUGAUGUUGGCAGAAGAGCUGGGCUGCGACACGAAGGACACCGCAAACAUGGUGGCCUGCCUCAGGCAGAAGUCUGCUGACGACAUCAUCGCAGCUCAUCAGCGUUUAUUUGUGAGACUUGCUGAUGAAGGAUUCACGGUUCCCUUUCCUCCCUCUGUCGACGGCGUGUUUCUUCCUGCACAUCCCGAUGUCAUUCUAGAAAAGGGCCAAGUAAACACGGACUUCUACCUUCUUGGUGUGAACAACCACGAGGGCGGUUUCCUGAUUCCAUCUUCAACUGUAGCCAACUUUGGUCAAGGGAUGGAUGACGAGACAUUUUCUGUCAUGCUGAAGACACUCGUGCGCAACCCUUACCCGGUACGCCAAUGGCCCUCUUCUUGUUAUUAAUCUACAUAUCUGGUGGUUUAAAAAAAAAAAUUUAUGUUGAAUUUCGUUCAUGGUAAAUUUCAUUAUUCUUGUAGGUCCAGGACUUCUUCAUAUCAUCAUCACUGAACGAUAUCUAAACAUUGUUGUGGUCUCUGACGACAGGUUUCUAGCCAAGAUGACAUUGUGGCAGUCCUGUGCAAGGCGUACGGCGACCG